AUGGAUUUCUCAGACAUCUUUCGCAUGGUGAAUUUCGCCGUGGCCGUAUUCGUGGUCCUCGGUGGUAUCGCGAAGUUGUUCCCCUUCAACGACUUCUCUCACAUCAUCCUCGGUGUAUACCUGAUCAUAUUCGGUCUUGGAACUGCCCUCCUCGAGUUCCAGAUUCCCCAGCAAGUGGCACGCUAUGCCUCCUUCAUGUUCUCUUUCCUCGGCCGCGGCAUCUUCUACAUCUUCAUCGGCUCCGUCAUUGUCGGCGAGCGCUGGUUCCGCAUUGUGCCAGGCACUAUCGUUGGCAUAAUCGGUGUGGGCUACGCUGCUCUGGAGUUCAUUCCUUCUAUUGAGCCCCCAGCGAACAUGCGUGAUGCUGACGCUGGCUGGGGCGCUGAACAAGUCUAA